AUGUCAAAUUACGAGGUCAAACUCAAUAGUCAACAGUCAUGUGUUAAUUUAAGCUCAUGCUUGUAUGUCCUAGCAAACGAAGGGAAUGAGCGCAACAACCGAGAUUCCAUCGAUUCUAAUCAACGGCAUCAGGCAAGCACGUCUUCUUCAGUAAAUCAACCAACAUCAAUAUGCGAGAUUGAUCUGGAAUUUGAUAAAGAUUCUAUUCACGAAGCUGAAAGUACUCCUGGUGUAUAUUACAACAACUCGGUCGCUUUGCAGAGGCCUAAAGUUUCUGUUGACGGUCUUGUUGAAUACGUUGAUUCAUUAACACAGGAUGAUAUCAAAGUUGCAUUUGAGAAAUUUCCCCAAGGGCUUAUUAAGCCGUACGUUCACUCCCAAAGAAGUGGCAACUUGCAAAGAAACAGAUACAAGGGCAUUUAUCCAUAUGACGAUUGCAGAGUAAAGAUUCGGGAUGAAGAUACGGAUUACAUCAAUGCAAGUUUUAUUGAUGGAUAUAAAAAGAGGAAAGAGUACAUCGCGACCUUAGGACCAAUGUCGCAGCAACUGGGAGAUGAAUUCGAACCCUUCUGGCGAAUGGUUUGGCAACAGAAGGUUGAGAAAAUUGUCAUGGUCACAAACUUGAUUGAAAAUGGGACGGGUAAAUGUGAACAGUAUUGGCCAAACGUUGGUACUAACAAGAUGUAUGGCGAGUUUAGAAUUAGGUGUCAUUCGGAGGACAUGUAUGCCGAGUUUACGAGAAGAGCCCUUACAAUUGCAAAGUCAUCCGAAGAAAGGUCCAUCUACCAACUGCACUUCACAUGUUGGCCAGACAAAGGCAUUCCUGAUGAUGUCACAGCAAUCAUUGAAUUCAGACAAAGAGUACUGAAUACGCCUACAGCGUAUAAAGGGCCUACUGUGGUCCACUGCAGUGCUGGUGUGGGACGAACGGGCACAUACAUUGCUCUGGACAUCCUGACGAAGGAGGGUGAAACUGAAGGAGCGGUUGAUAUCCCUGGAUGUGUGGUCAACAUGCGACAGAACAGGCCGAACAUGAUACAGACUAUGGAGCAGUAUCAAUAUCUCCACAAGGCUGUUGUGUAUUCCCUGACUUUCAAUUGCACACCGAUCAAGGCAGAACAGUUUCAGCAAUACAUGAAGACAACAAGAAGAGCUGACUUAAACAGGCAAUUUCAACAACUUCAGCACACCGUUGAACAGCGAUCAAAACAGGAAGCAAACGCAGUCAAAAGAAAUAAAGAACACUUGGCUAAAAACCGAGCCAAUGCAGACAUACCAGGUGAUGAAAAUCGACCACGACUCUACCUUCGGUUGGAAAGUGGAUCGUCCGAUUACAUCAAUGCUGUGUACAUACAUGGUUUCAAAGAAAAACGCCGAUUUCUUGUUGCACAGACUCCCUUGCCAGAGACCGUUAAUGCCUUCCUGACAUUGGUUGUCCAAGAAAACUGCUCAUGCAUUGUCAGUUUUGAACCAGACAUGGACAAACAAAGGAAUGUUGGAAUAUACUACCCGGCGGAAAACAUGCAGGUGUUAAAGAAGGGGUCAUUUGAAGUCAGCUCUUCACGUGAAACAAGGAAAUCCCACUAUGCAAUGAGAAACCUUAAAAUACGUCAUACGGGGGCGACAGGGCGUCUUCCUGAGAAAACUCUGUCCCACAUUCAGUUCACUGAGUGGGAUGAAAUUAAGAAUGUCCCUCUUUCUGUUAAAAACUUUCUCACCUUCCUGAAUGACGUGGAGGAAACAGCAAACAAACAGAAAGAUGGACCGAUACUUCUUCAUUGUUUUGAUGGAGCAGGCCGAACGGGUCUAUUCUGUGUGGUGUCAAUGCUGCUGAGGAAGAUGGCCAUAGAACACGAAGUUAGUGUUCUCAAUGAUGUUAGAAAGGUCAAGACCAUGCGUCGACUGGCGAUUCCGAAUUUGGAUCAAUUCAUAUUCUGUCACGAGAGCGUCAUGGAAUACUUGCGAGCAUUUGACAAGGAUGUGUAUGCUAACUUCGCUGGUUCAAAUGAAUAGAGACGAUACAUAAGGAACAUGGAUAACAAAACCAUACAUAUUUGGAACGCUAGUUUCAAACAAAAAGACAGUGUUGCAUUUGUUAUUAAUAGUAUUUUUGCUUUGUUUUGUGUUCUUACUAUAUACUUUACACUUACAGAUUUUAACUAUAACACAAUAUUUGUAUAUAAAAUACUGAUAUAUCAAACAGCGCCUUUUAUUUGUUAUUAUAUUGCGAGUAAUUGAUUAAUUAUGUUGCUGUUUUUUAUUUUCUAUUAUUUUGUAAUCGAUAUAUAAUUUUAUAAUAAGCAUAUGGAAAGCUUUCAGCAAAACUCUCGCACCACUUGAAUUAUAAAUCAUGUCUUAUCAAUUCAUUGACGUGAUAACAUGUCUUUUUUAAUCUCUUUGCUUUGCAUAUGAUGUAUGUCCACGUUUAUUUGCUUAAGCAGUAUCCAUUGUUCCAUGCGCUGUGAAAUGUUUGAGUAACAAAAUACAAACGUAGCCUCAACAAAACAAAAUUAAGGGUAACUAAUUGUGCUGUUGUAAUAUUGAGUCAGGAAAGGAUGACUUCUGAAGAAAGAUUGAUAAGAUUGCUACAGAGAAUACUAUUGGGUCAUUAAUUUGCCUUAGGUUAUAUGUAAAAGUAUAAUUGAAAUUUGAAUGUAAAUAAAUAUGUUCUUUCAAUUACUAACCCUUGAUUAAUUGUGUUGAGAAUAUUUGACCUAAGGACCAUUAAGUCACAACAGAUAUAAGGCAUACCGUCUAUAAAGGCAACCGAAAAGGAAGCAUGAAACGACGAUCCCACUACUAGCAACCGUCGAAAAGUUUGGACAAUUGGUUUUGUACCAGAUUGACAAAUGGCAUAUUAAAACUGUCCGAUCAACAAAACGAUUUAAAUAUGAGAUUCGGCCGUUCGUCCGAGUGUAGCCAGCUGUUGUUUUAAAGUUGAAUGUAAAAUAGAAUUUCCUUGGCUAUGUGUCUUCAGUGUUGUGAAAUACGGCAGGAGAGAACAAAAGGUUUCAUAUACACUAAUGGCUUUCUAAACUAUU